UCGUGUAACAGGGAACUUUCAAGAAAAAAUUGACCCACUUUUGCUCUAUAGAUCUUACAAGAAAAUUUCAAGACCGGAUAGCAGCUAUAGUUGAGUGCAGAAGCUUCCACGUUCAACGAAUUGUGGAGUUGGUGAGUUAUUAAAAUAAAAGACGACGAAAAGACGUGAAAAUAUCAGGAGUAUUGAUAAAGAGAACAAUGUCGACUACGGAUGAUCUUUCGGUAGACAAUUCUAGUUUUGGCGUCGUAUACGAUAGCGCUGGGAAUGCUGCCGGUGUCUGGCGUUUCUUUGAGUCCUCUUUCUUCCAUCUGUUUCAUUUUCAUCUCCUCUAGUUUGAUGGCGUGUUUCCUGUCGGCUUUCUCUUUCACAACGACAUGUUCACCGGUGGCUUUCUCUUUCUCCAGGGCGUAUUCCUUGUCUGCCUUCUCUUUCCUUAUGGUCUCUUCUCUUUCGGCAUUCUCUUUCCUUAUGGCCUCUUCUCUGUUGGCCUUCUCUUUCCGUAUUGCCUCUUCUCUGUUGACCUUCUCUUUCGUUAUGGCUUCUUCUCUGUCGUCUUUUUUUUCCCUUAUGUCUUUUUCUCUUUCGGCCUUCUCUUCCCUCUCUACUCUGUUGGCCGUCUCUUUCCGUAUAGCCUCUUCUCUGUCAACCUUCCCUUUCCUUAUGGCUUUUUCUCUGUCGGCCUUCUCUUUCCUCUCUUCUCUGUCGGCCUUCUCUUUCCUUAUGGCUUCUUCUCUGUCGACCUUUUUUUUCCUUAUGGCUUUUUCUCUGUCGGCCUUCUCUUUCCUCUCUUCUCUGUUGGCCUUUUUUCCCCUUAUGGCCUCUUCUCUGUUGGCCUUCUUUUUCCUUAUUGGCCUCUUCUCUGUCGGCCUUCUUUUUCCUCUCUUCUCUGUCGGCCUUCUCCCUCCUUACUACGGCAUCUUCUUUGUCGAGUUCAUCUGCAAUGUAUUUGAUAAGUUCUUUUCCCUUCAAUCCAAAUAAUUCUCCAUCUGUCCUAAUUUCAGCUUUUCUUUUUACAAAUUCCGCCAUAUUGACAGCUAACCAAUAUCUUUAUAUGAGCAAGUACAAUAUUCCGCUGAACACAAGUGUUACGCACUGGCUUCUAAUAUGAGAAAUUAAUCUCCUAUUUUAAUUUUAUUGGCUCGUUGUAAACAGUGCCUAACAAAGGACGAUACCAUAGAGUCAACAAUAUUAAAGAUACGACACCUAAAACAGUUGCCAGUUACAAUUAAUAAGAUUUAUUAUGUCUUAAGAUAAUUACAAAAUAAAAGAAAAUAUAAUGACAAUCUUCAACUUACAGUAUGGUAGAUCUUGUACGGGUACACAGUUAAUAAAGUUAGAACAUGUGUCAAUGAAUAAUGAUGAAUGCGAAAUGAACACAUAUAAGUAUGAGCACACACAUACACAAAGAAUAAUACACGCCUCGUAAAGUUAAUAAAAUCUAUCUGAAUCUCCGUCUCUCCGUCCAUGCAUGUCAAUCCCUUAUAUAGGUCGCGUAAGCCCUGCCUUCAAGAAAGACUUAUGAUGUUUCUAGAAUAAUCACAAUCAUUCUACAAAAUACUAUUUGGAACAGAUAAAUUAUUUUUAGUUGCUGUCGGCAUCAACACGACAGAUCAAAAGACUAAGCCACACCCAUCUGUGAACACAGCGUCUCAUGCGUGGUCAAUCAGAGUGAACGCACGAGAAAAAUUAUGUAAACAAGCUCUAUAUAACAACAAGGGAGUCGAAAAAAGGCUUAGCCUUCAACAACAAUAGCUUGUAAUAACAACCAAUAAAUAACUAAGUAUAAAUAAGAUUAAUUUCAUAUUUAAGGAAUGAGCAUACAAAUUGGUACAAAGCAAAUGAAUGGAACUUAUAUAUUCUAUCUAUUCUGUUCAGAUCUGUUCAAAAAUCCUGGCUUGGCCCCCAUUGACGCCCUUGUGGUGAAAUGACUUUUAUAUUAGGGGUGUGAGAACAAAUGUUUGAUGAGUGUCACACCUGCUUGUGUCUAAGGGUAUUUUGUUAUGUCGAUUUCACACAUUUAUGUUCAUAAUUACAUUACUCAUAUAUGCAUUAACUAUCAAAUACUUCAUAACACCAUUCAAUUAAUGAGUUGAAUUAUUUAUUUACAGGUGUAUUAAUAUAUGGCAUGAUAGUGAAGGAUAUGCUAACAACUUUCAUAUAAAUUCUCUAAGUUCUAGUUUAUGAUGAAAAAUGGCCUCCGGUAUAACCUAUUUCUCAUCAUAACAAGUGCUUUGCCUUGUAACACAAUUGUAUAUACUCAGACUUUUCACACUUAAGUUAUCAGUCACUCCUGCUGGCUUGAUCAUCUGGCUUGAUCGGUCACUAGUAGUUUCACUUCGAUGCGGAGGUGGUGUGUCGUGACGUACGUCGUCUAGAGGUCGGUCCCUUGCGUACUAGCCACAGAACAAUUUUCAAGGGUUAGAACCUCUUUAUUUCUAGCUCCUACAAAGCUGAUGGGCUCAUGUUCCAAGUAUCAAACAAACGAUUAAGAGAUUCAGGUUUUUCUUAUUUAUUGGCUACAUAUGCCUAACAGUGGAGAGGUUUAUAAGAAAUAAGCUCUGGUGUUCAGAAUAAAACGUGUACAGAAAAGCUCCUCAUACUACACAAAAUAUAGUUAUACAAGUCUUCUUCCAUCCGUAGAAAAAAUCACUCCCUUCACAAAGACAAAAAUCAUACCCCUUGAUCCCAGCACUGGCCAAUGUUCACCCUCAGAAACUCAUCAACUUUUUCACCCACUCCUAUCAUCACGUGGCUCCCCCCGACACACCACCACGGCCAUACACGACCGAAAAAACUCGUGGGGCACACGGGGGAAAAAACCCACCUACGAUGGCUCAAUUAACUUCAUAAAAGCUGAUACAGAAAACUUGCGCGAUCUGACCGUGACAAGUGGCUCCUCUGAUUCUUCACUCCGUGGCUUUUCAUGGAUCAGCGCUGCUCAUGGCGUUCACGUAAGUGGGUUAUGAAGCAGCUGUGAUGAUCUGGUUAGAUCAUGCACAAUAAUGAGAUCACUUCAACGUGGAAGUGGAUUCUCGGGUCCUGUCCUUCGUAGCCUCUCAGGGCGAUCACGCGAGGGGACUAAAUAGCAAUGCGAUGCGGUAGAAUUACCUCAAGGGUGGAAGUCAAUUCUUUAAUUCUUUAGCUCGUCGCUUUUCAGGGCUCAGUGCUUUUCAGGGCUCAGUGCUUUUCAGGGCGUUCACGCAGGUAGAUUGAUACCAGUCAAAACUGUACCUUCUGGAAUACCUCUUCCCCCGGUACGCUGUGGCGGGUGUAUGUAAGACUUCUCUUUGAGAGUAAAGUCCAUCAGCACCCGGUCCUAUCGUUGCGGGCGAUGAACUGGUCUUCCGGAGGGAUUCCAUGAUGGGGUUCAUAGACUCAGGCCUCAGUACACCGAUUCCUCAAUUCAGCUGCUUAGGUGCGGUUGACUGUACUGCAGUAAUACAGCGAUCUAGCAACCAGGCUAUAUGUGAAUGAAUGAUAAAAGAAAAGAAGCAAACGACUCUUCUAAUAUUCUCGAGCUAACGCAUCUCUUUCCAAUGGCAACGAAUUCAGAUCGAGGCGUCAAAGGAGAUAUACGUUUGACAAUGUUGAUAUCCAUUGCGGAUAUCAUUAUUCGUCUUCACCAUGGCCGGCGCGCGCAUGGGUGUCUGGCGUCGACACGUGGCAAUGAAUCUUUUCAUACCUAAUUAUACAAUGACUUAAUAAUAUACAGGAUGGAUUAAUAUACUAUAUCCAGCUAACUAUAAUGGAUAACAUAAUAACUAACAACUAUCCAGUGGCCACAUCACCAUCCACACGAUGGGAUGAAGUCUAGAUGAUCAAAACUCAAAAUGGCCGACUCGUGAAUUAUGAGGAAGGCACGUGUCAAAGGUUGAGAAAAUUUAAAGUACAAGUGAAUUAACUAAAUUCAUUCUAAUCAGAAUGAUCAUACAUACAUUGAAACAUUAAAUGGUCAGCCAAAUAUGUACAUGGUAGUGCAAAUAUUUAAAUAAAGAAAUGAAAUCGAAAUGUUCGUCCAACUCACCAGGUUUAGAAAAAGCCGACUUUAAGGUGCUCUAAGUUGACUGCGAACUUAAGAGACGAUCUUGAAAAGACAUAUUUUAACUUUUGCAGCGGCUGUCAUAAUGAUUCUAUUCUAAUUGCUAUUUGACAAUCACUACCAUGUGCUAUCUUAAUCCAAUAAACUUUAUAUUUCGAUGCGAGAUAUUGUUCCAAUAAUCGCUCAACCGAGGCGAGACAGAUGGGUGACAUUUCCAUUUCUUGUUUCAGUUCUUGGUUCAGUCCGCUGGUCAUAAUAUUUAUCCGUUCAGUGACUUUCCACGUGAGGUAGACGGUGAUCAGGAGAAAUGACGUGUCCUGACCUUGAAAAAAAAGGGGGGAGGGGGUUGUAAGUAGGUCGUCAUGAGUACAUGGAAAUUUUCAUGUCAGUUCCAUUUCGUCACUCUACUCCCACUGAUGAGGUACUCAUUGCCUUGUUUCACCACACUUUUGCAUAUUUCGUUUGUUAUGUGUUUCAGUUUUCAUGCAUGGAAAUGUCUGCGUCCCCAUUUCUAGAGGAAAUUGGAUUUCUUAACAUUAUCUUGGUGCAUUUUCGUCGUACGCUUCGGGGGGUGGGGGGCGACAUUUUAUUUGCUCUGGACAACGCUGGUCUUAGGUACACUUUGGCCCUGCGCGAAGCACCAUUCCGACCAAACUCACUGUAUGAAAACUCACUGCAUGAAAACUCACUGUAUGAAAACUCACUGCAUGAAAACUCACUGUAUGAAAACUCACUGCAUGAAAACUCACUGCAUGAAAACUCACUGCAUGAAAACUCACUGCAUGAAAACUCACUGUAUGAAAACUCACUGCAUGAAAACUCACUGUAUGAAAACUCACUGUAUGAAAACUCACUGUAUGAAAACACACUGUAUGAAAACUCACUGUAUGAAAACUCACUGCAUGAAAACUCACUGUAUGAAAACUCACUGUAUGAAAACUCACUGUAUGAAAACUCACUGUAUGAAAACUCACUGUAUGAAAACACACUGUAUGAAAACUCACUGUAUGAAAACUCACUGCAUGAAAACACACUGUAUGAAAACUCACUGUAUGAAAACACACUGUAUGAAAACUCACUGUAUGAAAACUCACUGUAUGAAAACUCACUGCAUGAAAACACACUGUAUGAAAACUCACUGUAUGAAAACUCACUGCAUGAAAACUCACUGUAUGAAAACUCACUGUAUGAAAACUCACUGUAUGAAAACUCACUGUAUGAAAACUCACUGUAUGAAAACUCACUGCGUGAAAACUCACUGUAUGAAAACUCACUGUAUGAAAACUCACUGUAUGAAAACUCACUGCAUGAAAACUCACUGUAUGAAAACUCACUGUAUGAAAACUCACUGUAUGAAAACUCACUGUAUGAAAACUCACUGCGUGAAAACUCACUGCAUGAAAACUCACUGUAUGAAAAGCGAUUGUACCAAAAAGUGAGAACACCGUUUCUCGACCCCGGACCCGAGGUUCACACUUCACUAUAGUGAACUAAGGGAAUUUAAAAAUUUACUGGGCGCGCCCAGGCGCCCUUAUGAUCAUGGAGAGGGCACAGGUCGCACACCCUAAGGGCCGGCCCUGCUCGGCGGCGACAGUUUACGUGCUCGGGGGCGCGGAGGUGAGGGGCUGAAAGAAACCCUGUUUAAGGCCACCGGCUUCAACCAUUAAACAUAUUUUUCCCCAGGCCCAUCUAUCAAUUUGGCCAAUGCCGCAAGAGGCAUAAAAUCGUAGUACUUCUGAUUUCUGGGAAAUCCAAAUAAUAACGUUAAAACCAUACGUAAAGUCAUGGCCUUUGAAUAUAUAAAUAUAUAUAUAAUUUUUUUUAAAUUUCUCUUCUUUUUUUAUUUACAAGUUUAAAACUUAUUGCAUUUUUUUAAAAUUAUAUAUUUUUUAAAAAUUCGGUCGAGAGUGAGGUACAGUUCAUAAAAGUAGAUCCCAAUCUUGUUUUUGACACAGCAUAUGUCAAAAAUGACGAGGACAAAAGGUGUCAUUACUACAAUUUCCGAUUUCCGUUGAAUUGGUAACGCAUAUAGCACCUGGAAAUUUUAAUUUGGAUUUCCCCGUUACUACUUUUGUUGGUUUUUUUUUUUCUUAACAGCAUUCCUUAUUUCUUUGGCACGGGAGGAAGAUGAGCCAAUAAUGAGUGGAAUAUGGAGCUCACAUUUUCGACGAAGACGUCGAACGGAGGUAAUUUUGAUUAUUAAUUAUCCAGUCAGGCAAUUGUUAAGCAACGCAUUAAAAAUACACGUUUUAUGGGCACUUUUCUCAUUUCUGUGCGACUAUUAAAAGAAAAAUAAACAGUUGACUAAGAAAAUAAAUUACCUUAUUUUAUCCAUAUUAAAGAUUACGAAAUAAAUAAAAGAAGUAAUGGCCCUAAACUUAAUUUUAAAAAAAUAGAGUUGUCCAUGAGUGGGGAUGAUACGUAGGAAAUUGAGCCGGUAUAGCCUCUCAUUUGAAUCGAUAGCGUGCCGAAAGGAAAACGGAUACGGUUCUACAUGCCUAAUUUGUUACAUGCAGUCAAACAAACCUAAACAAGUAAUGAUAUUUUUAAUAUAAUAAUAAUGAUAAUAAUAAUAGUCAUGAUAAUAAUAAUAAUAAUAAUAAUAGUAAUAAUAAUAAUAAUAAUGAUGAUAAUAAUUACAAUAAUGGUGAUUAAAGUAAUAAUAAUAAUGAUUAUAAUGAUGAUGAUGAUAAUAAUAAUAAUAAAGAUAAAAAUGGUAAUGAUAAUAAUAAUAAUAAUAAUAAUAAUAAUAAUAAUAAUAAUAAUGAUGAUAAUGAACUAAAUUAUAAUUUAAUUUUGAGAAAGACUUCUCUUUACUGUUUGUGCCUACAUACAUAUAUGAUUUGAGUCAAGUAUUUAAUUUACAAGUUUAAUUUUAUAUUAUUUAUAACUUCUUUGACAUUAAUUUUCAUUGUUUUGUACCUGGUAUCUUGUUUCAGGAUCCAACCCUAGCUCGGUCUUUGAUGUUAAUGGGAAGAACCGGCAACGGCGGCAGUUCUACGGCAAACUCGAUUAUGAGGAAGAUGCGUUUCACAAGUGCUGCAUCCGCAGUAUCUGUGACUAAGCGGACGGAUCACGACGUGUGCGAAUUCAACAAUACGCGAUUACACGUACUCGAUGGGCCAGGCAUUGACUUUGUCAGUACUGAUGAUGAAAGUGCCAUGAAAAGGUGGAUGGAGGAGAUGGGGAAAGCCGUGGGCUAUUGUCCAGAGGGCGUCAGCGCUUUCCUAAUCGUUCUUAACAUCAACAACAGAUUCACUGCGGUGGAUGAACACGCGAUUGGGUUGUUGAAAUCGUACUUCGGUCCCAAAUUUGUUAAAAAAUAUGGUAUAAUUGUCAUGACCGGGGGCGAUACAUAUGAACGCAUGAGCAAUGGAGUGAAAUUUCUUACGUGGUGCAAGGAGCAGAGAGGGCCUUUUAAAAAAUUGCUUAAAGAAUGCGACAAAAGAAUUGUCUUAUUUAAUAACGCGACGAAGACUGGGGGCGUCGAAGACGAACAACUGCAGGAACUUCUUGGUUUGGUUGAUGCGAUCUACGUACAACGUCGGGGGAAGAGAUACACCAAUCGACAAUUUGAGAAAACGAGAGAAGCUCGCGAUAAGAUGCACUUAGAAGAAAUCUCUGAGGAAAUUUUGCAGGAGCUGAGCAUCGUCAUACAGAAGUUAGAAACAUGUGAGAAUAGUCGGCUUAGUGAUGAGGCCAAAAGCGAAGAAUGUGAAAAACUAAUUUUACAUAUGGAUACUUUAGAAAGAAACAAGUCUGUUCACGGUAAUGGUCUUCCAAUAACAGCUCAACUUUUCGCGGUAACCAAACGCACGCUCUUAGAGGGUAUAUCUGAAAGACAGCGCGUUUUAGCGACGUACAGUGAGGACGAAAAACAAAAAGUCGUUCAAGCCGACAGAAUGAAGACAGAUGAAUUAUUCGAGCGUCGAUUAGAAAAAGAUGACACAGGAAGUGUGUCGUUGUUACAACAGCAACAAGAUCUAAACAAGCAUCGCUGUGACCAUUUAUGUCGCGAGUUUUGGGAGAGACGAAAUAGUUCUCUUAUGCGUUUGGAAACAAGCUUAAAAGAAAGUGUUUGUGACUUAUCUGAAACCUACUUAAAGGCCAAGGAUGUCAUUGAUGAACUUGUCAUCAACGGUCUGGUGGAACGAAAUGCGCUGCCUCUGAACGAUGCCCUUCAAUGUCCAUAAAAGCUUUUAAGAAAAAAAAUGACUAUCUAAAUUAUUGAAAAAAAAUAAGUUGAACAUAUUGUUGUGUUUACGAUUAAGCUAAUACUUAUGUUGUUGUUUAUAUAUCGUAGAGCUUUCAAAUAACUUUGUUUUACUUCACAUUCCCUCGCACCCAGGGCUGCCACUCACUUUUUUUUUUUAAUUUCCCAAGAUUUGGUCAAAACAUUUCUCAAGAUUUCCCAAGAUCAUACAAAUAUAGGAGUUUUUUAAAAAAGGGUUUUUCUAUGUAAUUAAUAUAAUUAUAGAUUUAAUUAAUGCUACUGAAACACAUAGUACAUUAAUUGACUGAAAUUUAUUCAAAAAGAAAUUUUAAAAUUGUUUAUCACAUAAAAGAAAAAAACAAUAUUUUGUUUUGUUUUUUAAAUGUAUAUUAUUUUAAAAAUAUCUACACCCACUGGAGUCAGGCUACUAAAUAUUACCUCCAAAUUAUCUGAUAAAAAUAUCAUCUACAAUGCAUGUGUAAUCGAAGUCACUUGGAAACAAAGCUCACACGUCUUAUCAAGACAGAAUUCAUUUUACUAAAGGUAAACGGCCAGCCAUCAAAAAUGGUGUUCUUAUUGUAAGUCUGUUGAUUAGUAGUGGGGUUUGGAAAGCAAUUCAGCAAAAUUUAUUAAUAAUAAUUGUCGUUCAAAUGGAUUGAUAGUAUUAUGAAAGCAAUAAGUGUUUUUAUUUUUUCUUGUACUGAACAUUAUAAUGAAAUUUUUCAAACACAAUACUUUUUAAUGGAAUUUUUCAUCUAUAAUCCUACAAUCAAUUACAAUGCAUUAUUUUAAUAUCUUAGGUACCUGUGUGUCAAUCCACACUUUUUUUUUCCAAUUGAUGAAAUUUAGGCUGGAUUUUUUACAGAUGCAUUUUAUUUUGAACACAUUGUACAAGUAAUUUAAAUAAUCCAAUUUUACUAAGGAUUCUUGAUUGAACACUAUCGUUCACUCUUUGGCUUGUACUGUUUUAGUAUGGUUGCUAAUGUCUAACAGCCUAAUGAUAAAGUUUCCGAGCCUACCGCCCCUCCCCUUGUUUAAUAAACAUUCAACACCUGGAUGUCGUUUGUAAAUCUUCAACUAAAAAAAAAGGAGACAAUUAACUUUCUCUUUAAUUAUUAACUUUUUAAUAAUUCACAAUAUUAAAUUUAAUUUCAGAAGAGUCUUUAUUUAUGUAUCAAUGGUUUUAAAAAUUAAAACCAGAAAAGAAAAUGAUUAAUUUUUUUCCUCGUUACUUCAAAAAUUAUUACGCUUUAUUCUCACUGUAUUGUUUAUCACGUAUAUAUUGUUUGUGUUUUUUUAAAAAUUAAUAAAAUCUUCCCCACAGUUAAGAUUUCCCAAGAUUUUGCCAGAUUUUUAAAAUUGUUCCCCAGAUCCCAAAGAGAGGGGGGGGGGGUGGUCGUGAAUUCCUAAGAUCUUGGGAAAUUUCCCAAGGUGUGGUAGCCCUGCUCUCACCCACCACUCCCUCUCUCCCUCUCUAGCUUUCUCAAUAUAUAUAUAUAUAUAUAUAUAUAUAUAUAUAAAAAUUAUG